GCCGAAGUGGGGAUGGGCCGCCUUCGCGCAGCAGAACCUUUCUUCAUCGGGCCUCGUUCGCCGGCCGGUCUGCUUUGGAAGAGACACCCCACUUAACCGUCCCCCGCUCGCACCCUCCCCGUCUCAGCCCUGUCUGCAGAGGCCCGCCUUCCUCCCCGUCCAGAGCCCAGGGGUUGCUGUGGCCGCAGCGUUCCGCCUCUCUCUGGGGGCCUCCCCAGGCGUGGACCUCUGAAGCUACCGACAGACAGCGUCUGGCUCUUCUGGGCUGCAGUGGGCGAGGGCCUGCAGGUUUCCUCCAGCUGGGGAGGACGCAGAGCGGAGGCGGAGGCAGAAGCACUUUCAGGCCCUAGGCCCGGCGGGCUGGGUCGGGUGAAGCGCGUCCAUCAUUCGCCAUCCAGGGCGCGCGCGGCCCUCUUGGGACCUCGCCGGCGACCCGUAGCUCGGGCACGCGCCUGUCGCAGCCCGCAGGAAGGAGGGGGUCCAGCCUGAGGCCCGGCCACCAUGGAGAUCCCCUCGGCCCAGGGCUGGCGUCUGGGGCCUUGGGGACGGCCCUGACCGCCCUCCUCCCUGCCCGGCCUGGAUCGCUGACCUGCCCCCCGCGGCAUUCGGCCACCUCUGCGUCUCCGCCCUCCCCUGGCCGCGCUGCUGCCUGGGCGCGGCGGCGGCGGCGGCGCCCUGUUGAAUGGGCUGUGAGGGCCCAGGUUUGAAGCGCUGGCGAACGCGGCCUCCAGGGGCGCAAGGCAGCAGCAGCGGUGGCGACCAAACGGGUGUUGGAGUUGGCAGCGGCCAUGGAGGGCCUGGCUGGCUAUGUAUACAAGGCGGCCAGCGAGGGCAAGGUGCUGACUCUGGCCGCCUUGCUUCUCAACCGGUCUGAAAGCGACAUCCGCUAUCUGCUUGGCUAUGUCAGCCAGCAGGGAGGGCAGCGCUCCACGCCCCUCAUCAUCGCAGCCCGCAAUGGGCACGCCAAGGUGGUGCGCUUGCUGUUAGAACAUUACCGGGUGCAGACUCAGCAGACUGGCACUGUCCGCUUCGACGGGUAUGUCAUUGAUGGUGCCACCGCUCUUUGGUGUGCAGCAGGGGCAGGACAUUUUGAAGUUGUUAAGCUUCUAGUCAGUCAUGGAGCCAACGUGAACCACACCACAGUAACUAACUCAACCCCGCUACGGGCAGCAUGCUUUGAUGGCAGAUUGGACAUUGUAAAAUACUUGGUUGAAAAUAAUGCCAACAUCAGCAUUGCCAACAAGUAUGACAACACCUGCCUAAUGAUUGCAGCCUAUAAAGGACACACUGAUGUGGUCAGAUACCUUUUAGAACAACGUGCUGAUCCAAAUGCUAAAGCACAUUGUGGAGCCACAGCACUGCACUUUGCAGCUGAAGCUGGGCACAUAGAUAUUGUGAAGGAGCUGAUAAAAUGGCGUGCUGCUAUAGUAGUGAACGGCCAUGGGAUGACGCCAUUAAAAGUAGCUGCUGAAAGCUGUAAAGCUGAUGUUGUCGAACUGUUGCUCUCUCAUGCUGAUUGUGACCGAAGAAGUCGGAUUGAAGCUUUGGAGCUCUUGGGUGCCUCCUUUGCAAAUGACCGUGAGAACUAUGACAUCAUGAAGACAUACCACUAUUUAUAUUUAGCUAUGUUGGAGAGGUUUCAAGAUGGUGAUAACAUUCUUGAGAAAGAGGUUCUCCCACCAAUCCAUGCCUAUGGGAAUAGAACUGAAUGUAGAAAUCCUCAGGAACUGGAAUCCAUUCGGCAAGACAGAGAUGCUCUUCAUAUGGAAGGCCUUAUAGUUCGGGAACGGAUUUUAGGUGCCGACAACAUUGAUGUUUCCCAUCCCAUCAUCUACAGGGGAGCCGUUUAUGCAGAUAACAUGGAGUUCGAACAGUGUAUCAAGUUGUGGCUUCAUGCCCUGCACCUCAGACAGAAAGGUAACAGGAACACCCAUAAGGAUCUUCUUCGAUUUGCCCAAGUUUUUUCACAGAUGAUACAUUUGAAUGAAACUGUGAAGGCCCCAGACAUAGAAUGUGUUUUGAGAUGCAGUGUUUUGGAAAUAGAACAAAGUAUGAACAGAGUAAAAAAUAUUCCAGAUGCUGACGUCCACAGUGCUAUGGACAAUUAUGAAUGUAAUCUCUAUACUUUUCUGUAUUUAGUGUGCAUUUCCACCAAAACGCAGUGCAGUGAAGAAGAUCAGUGCAAAAUUAACAAGCAGAUCUACAACCUGAUUCACCUUGAUCCCAGAACUCGUGAAGGUUUCACCUUGCUGCAUCUAGCUGUCAACUCGAAUACCCCAGUUGAUGAUUUCCACACCAAUGAUGUCUGCAGCUUUCCAAACGCGCUUGUCACAAAGCUCCUGCUGGACUGUGGUGCUGAGGUGAAUGCUGUGGACAAUGAAGGGAACAGUGCCCUUCACAUUAUCGUUCAGUACAACAGGCCCAUCAGUGAUUUUUUGACCUUGCACUCUAUCAUCAUUAGCCUAGUUGAAGCUGGCGCUCACACCGACAUGACAAAUAAACAGAAUAAGACUCCGCUAGACAAAAGUACAACUGGGGUAUCAGAAAUACUACUUAAAACUCAAAUGAAGAUGAGUCUCAAGUGCCUGGCCGCCCGGGCAGUUCGGGCUAAUGACAUUAACUACCAAGACCAGAUCCCCAGAACUCUUGAAGAGUUUGUUGGAUUUCAUUAAGUGACUGGAUAUGUAAAAUCAUUUAAUGUGGUGCUAAAAAGUAAAGGACUUUAAUCACAGACAAUAGAAUUAUGUGUUCAUAAAAUGUGCUUUUCUUUCCACUACCCUUCCUCCCUACUCAUCCUUCCUUAGUUUUGUAUUUGGUCUUCUUGCCUCAUAUGGUUACUGAUUUCAAAUACACUUUAAACAAAACCACAUUGUUUAGGUGUAACUAUAAUCUAAGGUGUUUGGAUAUUGGUCACUUAACUAUUUUUCUUUUUUUUAAGGAAUGAAUAUAAAAUUUUUUGUUUAUGUAAAAAGGGCCCUUAUGAUUUGAAGUUGAUAAUGUUUAAAAAAAAACUGCCUAGAAAAGUAUUUCUGUUAAGCCUGUGUCAGCAUGUUAUUCUCUGCAGCAGUUUUGAGGAUCAUGAAGAAAAACAACGAAAAGGAACAUUAAAAGUAAUGGAAUAUCUAGAUGUUCUGCACAUGCCAAACUGCUCUAGGUAGUUUUCACUCUUCCAUUAUUUAUGUGAAGAGAUCAACGCAUUAUAACGUCAGGAGGAUUUUUAAAAAUAUAACUGCAGAUUAAUCUGAAAAAUGUGCUAACUUAAUAAUAGUUACAAAUUUAUAAAGUUAAAUCCAUUGAAAUUGUUGAAUUAUGCUGGGUGGUACAUAUACAGCAGUAAAUCUUUAAGCAACUUUUCAGAGAAUAUUGAUGGACUAUUUGCCUUUGGGCUUGGACUCUAAAAUGUGUGGAAGUCUCUGUUUUAAUGUAAUUAAUCUAAAUUGCAGCAGUCUGCAUUUGACUCAGCUCACAGACAUGUAAAAAUUAUGAAUGCUGUGUUCUCUCUUAGGAAACAAAUUGUCACAAUAUAGUUAUAUGUUCUUCUUUUGUCCCCUUCUCCCUUUCCUCUUGUGCGGUAUCUUUUAAAAUUGGAAACUACUUUUCCAGAGGGCAUUAUUUGUGCCUCCCUAAGAAGGUUUUUAUGACAGAUGAAAAGGAACUGGGAUAUUUUUAAUUUUUUCACUUUAUUCAGUCUGUGACAAGUAGAAAAAUCACUAGUGUGGUAUAGGAAAUUAAAUGUUUUUGAUAAUAAAAAUAAUUCUCAAUGCCAUUUGGAAAGAUAUUUCUGCCUGAGGGCAGCAAAUUUUGGAACCACAAAAUGUCGCUUAUUCCGACAGGCUGUACAGAGGUCUUUAUGGGUUUUGUUUGUUUGUUUUGUUUUAAUGGCAACAUUGUAAACUGUCAAAAGAAUAUUCUGUGAUUAUCUUUUAAGCAUCACAGAAAUUCAAGUAAAGGGUACACACCUAUUUCUUUCAAUGUUAAAAAUGAUAAAAUAAAAUUAGCUAUAUCUGUAUUUUUCUCUCUAGUGCCAAGUGAAUGCCUUAGCUACUCAUAGUGCAUGGUACUGUAAGUGAAGACCUGCAGCUUUUUUUCUUUAAUGAAAAGCAUUAUAAUGAUGCAGCAACAUCAGAUAUAAACUAAAAAAAACAACAACAAAACCACUGGUAAGGUUUCAGUUAACAUUUUAUGUAUGGAUAUUGCUUUGUGAAGUAUAAGAAAAAGGUUGCAGCCGGAUCAGUAUAAAACAUAAUGACUAAGCCAAAAUCAGCACCUAGGACCUUAAAUAAAAUAGGUACCCCAUGAAAUGAAACACUCUGAAGGAUAGGAGGGAAUGGAUGGGGGUACUUUAAAAACUUCUUCCCCCAAGAACGCGAGAUAAUUUUACUGUGCUGUAGUUAUACUUCACGUGUCUUCUUGCUUCAGUUAGGAAUGUUUUGAUGGUAAACUCUGUCAUAGUAAUAUAUUUCUGUUUUCCUAACCUGAGAUUUUUACAAGGAAGGUUUUUUAGGAUGGUCUAAAGGGAGGUAUUUGAAUGAGCCCUAAUUUGAAAAUUACUGGCCUUGAUCUUCCUGGUGUGAAUCAGGGAACUAUUAUACCCUGCUCUUGGCAACUCUCAUGAAAGAGAAAAUGCUCAUCCUCCAGGUGAGUGAAUCAUGCCUUUUUCACAGCUCAGAUCAGACCCUGUAUUUUUCAGACUUCAAGGCCUGUUUAUUUGACAGUCUGAGGAAUAGCUAUGAUACUUGGUAUUUACUUGGUUCCAUUUUUUUUUUUUUUUUUUUUUGCGGUACGCGGGCCUGUCACUGCUGUGGCCUCUCCCGUUGCGGAGCACAGGCUCCGGACGCGCUGGCUCAGCGGCCAUGGCUCACGGGCCCAGCCGCUCCGCGGCAUGUGGGAUCCUCCCGGACCGGAGCACGAACCCGUGUCCCCUGCAUCGGCAGGCGGACUCUCAACCACUGCGCCACCAGGGAAGCCCUUGGUUCCAUUAUUAAUGCAUAUGAUUUUUAAACAUCAAAACUUAAAAUAUCAGAUAAUGUUGCAUGUUUUAAAAACCAUUUCAUCCCUUUGGCUACCCAGGACGAGAACUAUUUUAGAUAUUACUUACUUAUAAAACGAGGAUAAUGAUUAUCUGUACAUAUUCAGACAUCAAAAUUUAAUGACACUCAGUGUUUUUGAGAAGGGAGGACUAAAUGCUGGAGAGAGUAAAACUGCUGAUUGAAAUGCUGACAAAGCUGGAGAAAAAAAUCUGAAGACAGUGGAAUGGACUAUGAACUUUGCUAAUGGUAACCGAGAUUUUUUUUUUUUAAACUAUGGUAUAGCGGUACAUUGUGCACUAUAUUGCUAAGGAUCUAAUUCUGUCUUGUGAAACGAAUCCAAAUAUGUAUUGUGAAACACCUGUAUAAAACCAUUCUUGAAACAAG